AUGGACAAUGGAGCUGUGCGUGUGACGUCUGAGGCCCUUGGGACAGGAGAACUGUGCAUUGGUGCCUCAGACGAAAGAGCAAAGGAAUGGCGGAUUGUGUGCAGAGGAUUUGAAGUUUGUGCGCACUUUCUCUGUGGUGACAGCGGAACUAAUGCAGAUGUGAAAGAGGCUGCCGACCCCAAGCUGGGCCAGGCUUGGCCUAGCACCAGGCCCACCGCCGAAAAAAUGUCUGGAAGCAAAAGCAACAAAAAACCUGUGAAGCUUACCACCCCAGUCCAUCCACUGCCUUCUACCUCUGAAAACCUCCCCAAAAACGUGAAUGGCUCUACUGGCUCGUCCCUGCUCGGGCUCCCAGAGGUCCAACGCCGGCGACACACCAUGGACCGUGACUCAAGAACAGCUGAACACCGCUUCUUCAGGCGCAGCGUCAUCUGCGACUCAAAUGCGACCGCCCUGGACCUGCCCAGUAAAGCUACUGUCCUCAUCACCUCUCCACCAGACUGCGGUGCAGUGGCCACCUUUUUCCCCCCUCAAGUCCCGGUAAAUGCGCCCAGUUUGCGGGAUUGCGACCCCAAAGAUACCCAGAGAGCUCCGGUUCUACAAUCUAGUCUAGUAUCAGGCUUGGAGCAGUGCCUUGCCAAAACGUUGGCGGAGGAAAGCAGUUCAAAUGUCGACGGGCAAGUCAAUAUUGAAAACGUUCAAAGUCAUGUUCAAACCGCGAAAGAAAGUACCGCAGCCGUAGCGACGCAAGAGCCAACCCCGACAGCAUUGGAUGUUACGGAUAAAGCCCAAGAAGGCGAGCAACCCGACAUCACGAUCGAGAAAAACGAGACUGUGGGAAAAGACGAGAAGUCGGAAUGUAGCACUCGUAGCCCAACGGAGGACAAAGACAAAGAGACAGAAGAGCAGAAAGAACAAGCUAAGGCGAGGGCGGAGCAAAGGGAGGCCGAGAAACGCGUGCAGGAUGAUAUCGAAGAGGCGGAGACCAAAGCCGUGGGCACAUCACCGGACGGCCGCUUCUUAAAGUUCGACAUUGAGAUCGGACGAGGGUCCUUUAAGACGGUCUACAAGGGGCUUGAUACAGAGACCACGGUGGAGGUUGCCUGGUGCGAGCUACAGGACCGUAAGCUGUCCAAGUCUGAACGGCAGCGCUUCAAAGAGGAGGCGGGCAUGCUGAAGGGGCUCCAGCACCCCAACAUUGUGCGGUUCUAUGACUCCUGGGAGGGGCCCUGCAAGGGAAAGAAAUGCAUCGUGCUGGUGACUGAACUCAUGACGUCCGGCACUCUCAAAACGUACUUGAAACGGUUCAAGGUGAUGAAGAUCAAGGUUCUUCGCUCGUGGUGUCGACAGAUCCUCAAGGGGCUGCACUUCUUACACACCAGAGCCCCGCCCAUCAUCCACCGAGACCUCAAGUGUGACAAUAUCUUCAUCACGGGCCCCACCGGCUCAGUCAAGAUCGGAGACCUGGGGCUGGCCACGCUCAAGAGGGCCUCGUUCGCCAAGAGCGUCAUAGGCACUCCAGAGUUCAUGGCUCCGGAGAUGUACGAGGAGAAGUACGACGAGUCUGUGGACGUGUAUGCAUUUGGGAUGUGCAUGUUGGAGAUGGCUACAUCUGAAUACCCCUACUCUGAAUGCCAGAACGCCGCACAGAUCUACAAGCGUGUCACCAGCGGAGUGAAGCCGGCCAGUUUUGACAAGGUUGCCAUCCCAGAAGUGAAGGAAAUCAUAGAGGGCUGCAUCAGGACAAACAAGGAUGAAAGAUACGCCAUCAAGAUCCUGCUGAACCACGCAUUCUUCCAGGAGGAAACGGGAGUGCGUGUGGAACUGGCCGAGGAGGACGAUGGGGAAAUGACCGCCAUCAAACUAUGGUUGAGGAUAGAGGAUGCCAAGAAGCUGAAAGGAAAAUACAAAGAUAAUGAAGCCAUAGAAUUUUCGUUUGACCUCAACAAAGAUGUUGCAGAAGAUGUGGCCCAAGAAAUGGUGGAGUCUGGAUAUGUGGCUGAAGGCGACCACAAGACCAUGGCCAAAGCCAUCAAAGAUCGUGUGUCUCUGAUCCUGCGCAAGAGGGAGCAGAGGCAGCUGGUGCGCGAAGAGCAGGAGAAGAGGAAGCUCCAGGGCCAGCAGCAGACAGGGGCCCAGGAGACCCCCAAGACCCCCCAUCAACAGGCCGAAUCGGAGGACACCGAGGUGGAGCAGCAGCAGAUCUACUAUCAGCUGUCAGUGGAGCUGGCAGGGGACAGUGGGCAGGGUUCUUCAGUCUUCUCGCCGGACUCUCCUCAUGUUGGACCCCUGAGCAUGUCCUACAGCUCGGGGCUUCCUUACCCCCCAGCCCCAUCCAGCGGCUCAGGAUACCCCCAGCCCAUGUCGGCCGUGCUGCACCGCCGCCGCCGCUGUCGUAGCAUGUCGGUGUGCGUGCCGCCAUCAUCCUUCUCCCUCCCGCCCUGCGCUCCUGCCCCUGCGCGCGCUCCCCACUCGGUCGAGCGCGGGGAUCUGUCGGGGCGUCUGUCCAGAGCGCUGGAGGCUGUGCAGCCCGUGCACUCGGCCUCUCCCCAGCCCCAGCCUCAGCCUCAGCCCCAGGCCAGGCAACGGAGAGCCAGUCUUCCUGCGCUCUUCUCCAGCGCCCAGCACACACUGCCUCACCCGUACAGCGGAGGAGCAGGAGGAGUCACGGCAGGGCUGCCUGACCCCCCCACCAUGUUCUUCCCCCCCAUCCCUGAGCGUCCCGUCUCGUUCUCGCCUCCUCCCACCGGCCCACCUAAAGGAUACAACAACCAGCGACGCAAAAGCACGUCCAUCCUGGAGGCCCACACACGCCACUUCCAGCCCGCCUACCCACGCUACGGCAGCAGCCUGCACCCCUUCUCUGGGAUGGACGGGGUAGACAGCCCCUCCCUCUACAUGGUCAGCCCCAGUUUUGCAGUGGCAGCUCAGAGACUGGGCGUGGGAGAGCCUCUGCACCUGCCAGGCCAGUCUGAGGGUGGUCUGUACGGGAUGAGAGACAUGAGAGCAGAUCAUGAGGAGGUUGUGAGGAGGCUGAGUCUGAACCAGGCUGCCUUACUGGACCAUUACGAGGCCAUGGCGUACGGGGGCUAUCCGAUGAGCGCACACCAGCUUGGCCUGUACCACCAGCAGAGACAGGCAGCAGCAGCAAGUUUGGCCUACGAUCCCGUGCCUCCACAGGCGGGCUUCUUACACGCUCAUCUGAUGCAGAGGAUGAGUGCACACAGCCCCGUUCCUCAGUUAUCCUCAAUGGGAGUGUCCAGUGGGGGUGCUGUGUCCUCAUCCUCUGAAGCCUGUUACCCCCCUGGGCCGGGGAUCUUGACAGAGCAACCUUCCUCCUCCUCAGUCUUUGACUUUCACGUGGCUGCAGCAGCAGCAGCCGCAGCAGGAGACCCUGUGUUUGCAUCACGGCUGUACCGCGGACGCCGCAGCUCCAUGGACUUGCCCCUGGAGGACAGCGCGGGCUCGGGGGGGUCUGGGACUUACAGUCGCCUGCAGCCAGUCACAGAGGAGCUGUACUCCUACCUGAGCCCCGAGCAGCCUCUGCCACCAGGCAGCCUGCUGCUGCAUUACAGCGGGCUCCCAGUGAAGGAGCAGAGCCCGGAGCCCUCCACAGACUCACUCACCUCUUCUGAUGCAGGAGAGUUUCAGUCUCCCCCUCCCCAGACACUUCCUGCCUUUGACCCUUCAGCUGCCCAGUUCAUCCCUCACUCAUCUGCUUCUUACGACACCUCAGCUCCUUUGAUGGCCAUCGAUCCUCAGGCACAUCCUCCUUCAAUGCAGAGCUUCCUCCCUCCCACCCCUGCAGCCGAGCCUCGCCCCAGGGGAGGCUCCUGUUCCCAGCUGGAGAGCCUGAUGCAGAGCGCCUGGGCCCGGCAUGGAGGAGUGCUGCCCGCCCCACCUGACAUGAGCUACCACGAGUCUGUGCUGGCCAUGCAGGCCACUCAAACCCCCAUGCAGGUUCAAACCCCGACUCCACAGCAGACCUCAGGACCUCAGCUGGGACUGGCUGCAAACCAAUCACACACAACAUCACAGCAGGUGAUAUCAUCCACUCAAUCGAGUAAUGCAUCAAUUCAAAGCCCCACUCUCGCCCCCCAAACCCAGCCUCCUCCCGUCUCUGCACUCUCCUCUCUGCUUUCCAUCACUGUUCCGCCGGCGGUGUUGGAUCCCUCCCCUCCCUCUCCGUGCCCAAAUGGGAGGGCCCUCCUCUCUCCCCCUCCUCCCCCUUCUGCGGUGCCCAUCAUCAGCGUAGAGCCCGCCCCCAUCCACAGCCAAAUGGACACGGUGCCGCAGCCCACAGAGUUGUCCCAGUCACAACUUUUGCCGCCCCAUGUCCAGGCAUCCAUUGAGAGUGGUCACUCUGAAGCGUCCGGUCUCAGUGAUGGGAACGACGGAGGAGGACGUCACGAAGGCCGCUCCACCAAACGUUACCAGCGGCGCUCUGUUCGGAGCAGGUCCCGGAACGACAAGUUUUCCAAAGCAAAGCUCAACGUGCUCAGUAUCUCGAACCGUGGGGACAGAGUGGCAGAGUGUCAGCUGGAGACACACAACAGGAAGAUGGUGACGUUUCGCUUUGAUCUGGACGGGGACAACCCAGAGGAGAUUGCACAGAUAAUGGUGGAGAGUGAGUUCAUCCUGGAGACUGAGCGAGACUCCUUCAUGGAGCAGAUCCGUGAGGUGAUCCAGAACGCUGACAAGAAGGGCCCCAGCGGUCAGAUGGUGGGCGACAUGGAGCAGCAAGUUCCAGCCCUAUCGGAGCACUUGAAAGACUCUCCUCCCAGUGCCAGUACUCAGGUGGUCCACUCAACAGGGAGGAAGUUCAUCGUGAGCCCAGUCCCUGAGACCAGACUGAGGGAGCCGCUGUCCACCCCCACCUCCCCAGCUCCUGCCACGCCAGGCGAAAUAACGGUUUCUCCGGUGUCAGUGGUCCUCCCAGCUCAGCCCUCCACCUCGGCUGCAGGCCUCUCCCAGUCAGCUGGAGCAGUCAGUCUGCAGCAGGCCUUCAGCGAGCUCCGUCAGUCCACACAGUUGGACACCGGCCCUAGCACCGCUCCCGCUUCUAUCACCUUCUCAACACCCUCGUUCCAGCCUCUAUUCAUUAUCAACUCUGCCUCCGCUGCUUCUCCUAUACCUCCUGCCAUGUUCUGCACCAGUACUGCUGCAGUUCCCAUUGCACAAGAGCUAGAAAUACAUAUCCCAACCCCACACACCUCAUCUGUUCCUGGCAUUUGUCUUAGCCCGCCUUCUACGUCAUCUCCACCUAUCACUGAGCUGAGCCAAGUAUGUCUCCAGCCGAGUCUCCAGCCGAGUCUCCAGCCAGGUCUUCAGCAGAGUCCCCAGCCAAGUUCCCAGCCAAAAGCGCAAAUAGAAAUCCAAAAUAUACCCCAAACACCAACUCAAACCGCGUCUCAAUCCUUUGCUCCUAUGUGUACAUCGACAACCAUGACUUGUGCAUCAUCCGCAUCACCCGCAGUUGAAAAUAUCGAAGCAACGUUGCCUUCUUCUGCAUCCAGCGAUGUCUGUGUGGAUGCUAUUUCCAACUCUCCAACUAAGUCUUCUCCUUCGUCAACUCUAUUGCCGACAGCAGCGCCUCUUUUGACCACCUCCGCUGCCCAAUUGCCGCCUCCCUCAGCAGGGCAAGUGACCGCCGGAGUUCCCCAAGUGCAAUCCACGCUGGUGCAUACCCAACCGCAAACGUCCGCACUACCAGGGCAGACCCAUGCACACUGCGGGGAAUGCGAGACCAGAAGCGAAGUACCGAUCGACGCGCAAGGAAAGCCAGACGAUAUCCAAGUGUUGGAGAAGAAGCUACGCUCGCUCUUCAUGGAUCUGGGAGGGGUGGGGUCUGCGCAGGGAGAGACGAUUGGGGAUUCUGUCUUUAGUCCAUCGACGACAGGGACCUCCUCGCCGAUCGGUCCAGGUGUGAUGUCGACCUUACCUGGAGCGGUGCAAACGGUCAACCCAGUUCAGCCUCCUUCCAGUCUAGCUUUGGGGCAGAUGGAGGCCAGUGUGCAGAGCCAGGGGGUUCCCGGGACACCUAGUACCUGUGUGCCUACUCAGUCUGUGAACCCUGCGUUGCCUUUUGGCCAGACCACUCCAUCCAAAACCCCUGUAUCCCGAGUGUCGACCAGCUCCACUUCUUCAGAUCUGCUGCCACCCUUCUCUGGACUAAACCAGUCCCAGCAGCCUCUGGAGGACCUGGAUGCCCAGUUAAGACGAGCCUUAAGCCCAGAGACGGUCCCCAUCAGCCCACACGCACAGCUGCCACAAAGCACUGGAACUGAACUGCCAAUUCCUUUUUCUUUGGAGGAUGAAAUGCGAGCUUGUCCGUCCCCAGCUCCUGCUCCCGUGUCUGCAGGAGAAAUUCGACUUGGAAGAUUUAAGGUCUCUGUGGCAUCAGAAGAGCCCUCAGCACCUCCCCCCGUCUGCUUCUCCACAUCCACCUCCUCCUCUUCCUCCUCCUCCUCUUCCUCCUCAUCAAACCUGUCCAGCCCUGAGAGCACACUGCAUAGGGCCGCUCUGUCCAGGCUCAGGCCUCCCCUGCUCCAGUCCGCAGAUGCUGUGGACGGGCCGCCCCAGAAGACUCCAUCACCCUUCACCUCUCCCUGUCCGUCCCCCAGGCCCACAGCCACCAUCGGCCGCUUCCAGGUCAGCAGCAGCAGCAGCCCAGGAGCUCGCGUGGGUCGCUUCUCGGUGAGCCGCGCCCAGGACCAGAGCCCUGAUCCUCCUCCGCAGCCCCCCUCUUCACAUGUUACUAACGGUCCCAGUGACCCCAGUCCUCAGACUGUACAUCAAAGCCCGCUGUCCAGCCUCAACAACUCCUUCAACCACUCUUACCUGAGCAGCGAUAACGACUCAGAGUUUGAGGAUGAAGAUUUUCAGCGAGAAGUCAAUCGUCUGAGGGAGAAGCACAUGUUGGAGAUCCAGGCCCUUCACUCGCGACAGAAAGGGGAAAUCGAAGGCCUGUUUGCUCGACUCGGAAAGGUUCCUCCAACCACAGUUCUACCUCCUGCUGCGGCACUGUCAGGCCGGAGGAGGAGGCCGACCAAAAGUAAAUCUUCCAAAUCCUCCAGAGCAAGCUCCACGCAUGGAAGCAGGAGCCCACUACCACAAGGAAGCACUUUAUCUGCCCAGAGCGCGCCCACCAUGUACCCGGGCCAGCUGCCUCUCCUGUCCCAGCCAGGGCUCUCCGAGGGCGGGGUGCGGCCUCUCAAGUCCUCCCACUCCAGCGACAUCCUGUGCUCGGCCUACACCAGUGAAGCCGCGCUGUCCGUGCCCGGCCUGUGCGCGCCCACGCCAGGCUGUGUAAAGUUCCACUGGGGCUCGGAGCGCGUGGCCUUGAAGCCGGCUGGCCGCAGGACCCGCUUUCUCAAUCUCCCGAAAAAGGGCCACCGGUUUUUGCCCACCCACUGUCCCCCUCCAUGUCCCGGCCACCCCACACCCUCACCCCUGCCUCCUCCUGCCCCCUCCCACAUCCUGCCUAACCCUCCCCUUCAAACCGGGGGGCCCUUCCCCACCCUACUUCCAAAUCCCCCUCCCCUGGCCCCCGUCCACCACCCUCCACUGGCACCCUUCAAAACCUCACUGCACCCCCUCCCCCUUCCCUCCUGGACACUAAAACCCCUUACCCCUGGCCCUCCCCCCUAUGGCACCUCCCCUCCUCCUGACCUCCAUGCACAAACCCCUCGACCCUCCACCUCCUGCCCCACCCUGCUGUCCCCCCCCCGCUGCCGCUUCUGGAGUCCGGGGAAUGACGGCCACCAAGGGGCUGGGCUGGAGAAUGGGAGACCUCUCCCGGGGGGGGGACCUCAAAAAACCUGGGAGGCCUGGGAAACCCCCACGCUGGGGGAGGGAUAA